AUUCGUUCUUGCGGGUUGCCGUUGCCCGCGGAAACCGAUACCAUUUUCAUCUUUGGUCGCGCCAUGGUGAACAACGGGAAGCGGAAGCGCAUCGUACGCCGUUCAUCGAUGGACUCGGACGACGAGUUCUCUGGCGACGACGUGCCCACGCAGCGCCAGCGGAUGUCGCAGCCGGCGCCGCUCAUGUCAGACGACGACGAGGGCGCGCUCGACUUUACGCAGCCGUCGCUGCCUGAGCCGCUGUCGCAAGCGCCGACUGUGGUGAACGAGCCGCAAGAGGAAGGCAAGGGCGUCCCGGCGCGCAUUGGCCAGCUCUCCAAGAAGACGAUCAACGACUUGACGGCGCGCGUCGUGCGCUUCCUCCUCUACAAGGCCCAAGCCAACCUUCCAGUGCGGUUCGCGGACAUUGGCAAGGAAGCGCUACCGAACGAGUCCAAGGUCAGCCGGUACUUUCUCAAGCUGGCGUCGGCCGAAUUGGAAAAGGUCUUUGGCUACAAGGUCGUCGCCGUCGACGAGAUCCUUCCGAAUGGCAGCGGGAAGAAGGACAUUUACCUCAUCGUCAAUGCGAUCCAAGACCAAGCCCACUUGCUGCACGUCAACAAGGCGUAUGGCAAGGUCACGCGCGGCCUGCUCAUGACAAUCCUCGCCUUCAUUUGGUGCGCGCCGAGCCGCCGCCUCGUCGAAGAGGACCUCUGGAAGCAGCUCUUGCUCGUCGACAGCUCGGUCACCAACACGCCUGGUCGUCACCCGCAGCUCGGCGACGUCCAGCAGCACAUCAAGACGUUCGAAGCUCAGAUGUACCUCGCGUCCGACACGGAGAUUGACGGCGACGGGAAGCGCAUCAAGUUCUUCACAUACGGCGCCCGCGCGUUCGCCGAGGUGGGCAAAGUUCAGAUCCUCACCUUUAUGUGCAAGCUCAUUCACAACCGACCGCCGAGUGCAGAAAUGCUCAACGAACUCGCCAUCGAAAUGCGCAACGAGCGCGAGUGAUUCAUAUAUUCGUAGAAGUAUACAACAAUAGUCACUCACCCAAAUCCGUC